AAUAUGGGAGAGCAGUGAUUGGCUGCUCGAAUCACGCACCCCCUGUCCCGCACGCGGAUUCCCGUACCGUGUGAUUUCACCCGCAGGGUCCAACACGUGACGCACUCGUGAAUGUUCUUUCCAGCUGAAACGGCAGCACGGCUCAGUUUAUCUUUCUCCUUUCGGUAUGGAGAGAGAAUAAUGAACUCUGACCAGUGCAGCUAGUGCAGAAGAACAAAUCCUGCCGACAUUUGCAAAAUGAAGAGUGCAAAUAGUAACUAAUUAUUCGGUCCGAUAACGAAGUCGUGAAUACUGCUCUAAGCGUAUCAAUAAAGUAUAAAAAGUGGUCUCUUUCCCCCGCGGAGGCGGGACGAGCGUUCGAAGACUAGAGAAAUGGAUGACGAACGUACCGGGGACCGCGGAAAGGAAGAUGAGCCGAUAAAGUCCGGUACUCCGAAGGAUGCCAAGACACUUGCCCUCUUCCCCGAGAAACACGCUGUUGCUAGCGGAGGAGCGACGUCAGACUCGCCAGUUGAAAUGACAUCUGAAAGGACAACUACAGAGAAGAGAGGAAGGGGCAGUACUGAGGGAGCAGUGCAAGAAAAGAAAACUACACAGGGGACAAGAAUACAAAAGAUUAAGAAGACUUGUAAGAUUAAGAAGACUUGUAAGAGAGAUUCGACUUUGGAGAAGAAAGAAGAUACAGAUGACAAUUGCACUGACCAGAAAAACAAGGAGAAAGAACUAUUUCAGGUGCUAGAGGAUUUUCUGGCAACAGAGAAUCAAUCACAGUCCGGAGAGAAAACAAACGAGAGCCAAAAUCACGAUGAUACUGAAAUUGUUACGUUAGAAGAUCCUUUAAAGAAACAUCGGAAGGAAGAGCCAAUACAUUGUAGCAACCAGGAAGAACUUGCAGAGGUUAAACAAGAGGAUGGAGAUUUAAUAAAGGAUUAUCGUGAAGGCGAAUUUGAUGAGAAGCAAGAAGGUCCGGUACAUGUCAUCUGCAAAGUUAACCAACGUAUGCAAAGUACAAAACAAUCGAAGAAUAUGGCCAAGAUUAGUAAGAAACUACAUAAAUAUCCAAUUGAGAUUGACAUGAUCAAUUUCAAUACUGCUAGACUCACUUUUCGUGAUGCUGACAAGGCAAAUAAGUGUUUGGACACAAUGAAGGAUGAUAGUACACUUACUCUGUUCCCCGAGAAACAAGCUGUCACCAGCGGAGAAGCGAUUUCAGACAGGCCAAUUGAAGUGGUGGAAAAAGGGAAAAAUGUUACACAAAAGAAGAAUACGUUAAGUCGUUUAGAUAAAUGUACAAAGGAAGAGCCAAUAUAUCGUAUUAGCCAUGGAGAACUGGUAAAGAUUGAACAAGAGGACGGGGAUUCGAUAAAGAAACAUCGUGAAAGCGAAUUUGAUGGGAGAAAAAGAUUUGCCGCGAAGCUAUCAGAACAUGUUAUCUGUAAACUUAACCAAUGUAUGCAAAGUAAAACACAACGUAAAAAUAAGACUGAGAUUCAAAAGGUACUAAAUAAAUAUCCUUACCGUCCAAAUAAAAUAGACAUGGUUAAUUUUAACACUGCUAGACUCACUUUUUGUGAUGCUGCCAAAGCAAAUAAGAUGUUGAAUACAAUGAAGAAUGAUGAGACACUUACUCUCUUCCUCGAAAGACAUGCUGUCAUUAGCAAAAGAGCGAUCUCAGACUGGCCAAUUGAAAUGAUAGAAGAUGAGAAGACUACACAGAAAGGAAGAAUAAAAAAGACCAAUGAAGAAGAUUCAACUUCGGAAGAAGAAGUGGAUGACAAAGGAAACGAGAAGAGAGAGACGGUAAAAGAUAGUCCAGCGAAUGCUCUGAAAUUGUUUAAUUAUUUUCAGUGGUCGUUAAUAGAAAACCAAUCGCAUUCCGAGAAGAGAACAAACGAGAGCCAGAAUCAGGAUAGCGAAUUUAUUACGUUAGAAGAGUUUUUAGGGGAACGUACGAAGGAAGAGCCAAGUACAAUAUAUUACAAUCACCAGGGAGAGCUAGUAAAAGCUAAUCAAGAGGACAAGGACUUACUAGAAAUAUAUCAUAACCGCGAAUUAGCUGAGAGAAGAUUUGAUGAAAAGCAAGAUGUGGUACAAGUUAUCUGCUUAAUUAGGGAAAAUAUGCAAGAUGUAAAAGAUCCGAUUAAUUGGAUUUAUAACAAACUAUUUCCCUAUUGUCCAACUCGGGUAAUCAUGAUUACUCCUAACAAGGCUAAACUCGUUUUUGGUAGUGCUAAGAAAGCAAAUAAGAUGUUGGAUAAAAUGAAGGACGAUAACAGGCUUACUCUCUUCAUCGACAGACAUUUUGUCACUACUAAAGGAGUGAUCUCAGACUGGCCAGGUGGAAUACCGGAAUUGUGGAAAGUCAUCGAUACGAAGAAAGACAUAAUUAAACUGCAAAGGAUGACUAGACGAUACUGGGACGCUAAAAAGAAGAUAUCCAAGGUAAAAUUAACCAGUAAUAUAUCAGUAGUAUUUAAGGAUAAUUUCCCCAGAGAUUCGAUAGCUUUUCGCAGUAGUAUGGGUCGCUUGGCGAUUAUGCCAUUUGUCGAACCGGUCAGGCAGUGUCUCAACUGUUAUCUUUUUGGCCAUGGUGCAUCAACGUGUAGCAGCACAAAAAAAUGUGCGACGUGCGGUAAAAAUGAACACGGUAUGUGCAAGGCCAGGAGGCUACAGUGCCGUAACUGUGGAGAGGAACAUGAAUCCACAUUCAGAGGUUGUAGGGAAUAUCUAAGGAAGAUGGAUAUUCACACUGUUAUGGCAGUUAAUAACUGUUCUUAUUAUGAUGCGGAGAAAGUUGUAGAUAAAGAAAACGACAAACUAACAGACUGUUCUUUCCGGAAUAUGUCGAGUCUGACUAAGCAACGGAGUGUAACAGUAACUAGUCAGGGAAAAAAUUUCAACGUUGCAGGAAGUAGCGACAAGAAUGAACGGAGACAUGUAGGAUCAGCACAAAACUGCUCUGGAAAAUUGGAUACUGGAAAGGGGAAGAUAGCUAAGGAUUGCGAAAUCAUGAAAGCGACUUUUAUAAGGACAAAGAAGAAACCAGGGAUGACUAGAAAAUACCCGAACAACUGUAAGAAAUACGAUAAAGACGCAGUGAUGAAUAUAGAGAAAAGGAUACAAAACAUCGAAGACAGGGAGAAAAGAAAUAGAGAAGAGAAACGUGAAAAAAGAAGAGAAAUGUUGGAAAUGAGAAGUCAAUGGAAAAAGGCCACCAGGAACAUCUCGCCAGAAUAUAAUUUCUAACCAUGCUAAAAGUCUUACUGUGGAGUGCGAGAGAUACGAAAGAAAAAAAAGAAAGAAAUAUUUCUAAUUGUGAUAUUCAUUUUCGUAUUUAUUUUGCGAUUAUGCAGUAAAAUUAAUGAUUGAAGUGAGUUUUUUUAUUUCGAGUUUAAUUUUGUUUGUAAUUAAUAUUAAGUAGAAGUGAGAGUAUUCUUUUAUAUUAAUCAAAAAAGGUAUGGAAAUGCUGCAUACGACAGUCUUUGAAGAUUCCGUUCGAUAUUCGCGGCAAAAGCCUUCGUAAUAUAAUUUAUACCAAGUAUGGUGCACCAAUUAUUAUUCAGAUAUUCCUCAGAAGAGGAUGGAAAGGAACAAUGCUAUUUUCUGAUGGCAGAGUAUUGUUAGGCAUCUUAAUGCCUAACAAUACUCUGGAUUCUAUACUCUAGUUAGGCCUUAAAGGUCAUAAAAAACGAUUCAUUGUCGGCAUAUGUUAACAAAUAUAUAUUGGUUUAUACUAUAAAUAAAUAUAUUGUUAUUAAGAAGUUACACUCUAAG